AAUGAACCUCUUACAAACAACUUGGUUGGACAUUAUAUGCCUGAAUGUAGCUUAUAGAUCAACGCCCUAUAAAGGGGUUUUAGUUUAUGCUGAUGAUUUUAAAAUCAGCGAAGCAGAUUCACCCAGAUUCGCCAGUCACUUGGAACUAGAUGGCGUAACGAGAAAGCUAGCUCAAAAAUUUUCCGAAUUAAAAUUGAAUAAGGAAGAAUAUAUGCUUGUAAAAGCCAUGCUCCUCUUAAACCCAGAUAUCCCAAGUUUAGAGUCAGCUGAUACAGUUCAACAACUACGAGACAGAAUGCAUGAUAGUUUAUUAGAAUUUGAAAAAGGUCGGGGUCAGAACGCGGCCAGACGAGUUUCGCAUUUGUUAUUCUGUAUGCCGAUGCUCAUGCAUGAAAAACUACUAGCUACGCAAUUUUGGGUUUCGAUAAAGAAACAAGGACAAGUUCCCCUACAUAAACUUCUUUCUGAAAUGCUCGAAUUUGCGACGAGUUGA